AUGGAACUCAACCGAGAACAUUUUCGCGCCAUAAUUUAUUACAACUUUCAGAGACAAUUAUCGCAACAAAAAUGCCUUGCUGAGUUACUGUCUGUUUUCGGCAACGAAGCGCCACAUCAUCUUAGCAACGAUCCCAGGGUGGGUGCACCAAAAACGGCAGUAACCCAGGAAUACGUCGAUGCUGUGCGCAAACUCAUCAUUGAAGAUAGACAUGCGUCCUUGAAGAUCUCAAAGACCUCAAUACAAAAAAUUUUACAUCCAUUCUCGAAGUCGGGUUAUACUGCAACAAUUCCUCUUAAUGAGCAAAGAACUGUUACUGCGGAUUGGUAUACCACCAUUUCCUUGCCAAAAGUCAUCACCGAACUUCGAAAAAUCAACCUGGAAAGAAGAAUCAUCCUCCACCAAGACAAUGCAAGCUCGCACACAGCCCAAAAAACAAGGCAGUAUUUAACGGAAGAAAACGUGGAAUUAUUGGACCAUCCUCCAUAUAGUCCCGAUCUAAGUCCUAACGAUUUCUUUACUUUCCCGAAAAUUAAAAACAGACCGCGUGGUCAAAGGUUCCAGUCACCAGAGGAAGCAGUUGACGCAUUCAAAAACGCCGUUUUGGAUCUACCAGCAAACGAGAGAAAUAAGUGCUUCGAAAAUUGGUUGGAUGUGUAUUAAUCUUCGUGAAGAAUACUUCGAAAAACAAUAAAGUCAUUUAAAAC